AUGACCAAGCACUUUUGGAGCCCGGGCCCAGCCCCUGAGGACCAGCACAGUGCUGAGUCACGCUGCGGUGUGCAGCCCGUCCCCAUGCACAAGGCCGCCUUUCUGCAGCCGCCAGCCGCAUUCCUGUGGGCCCGGCUUCCCGCAGGCUCCGUCCACCUAGGUGUCCUGGAGGCCCCAGACUCGACACCUCCAGUCCGAAACCUCGCUGGCCUUCCCCCACACUGCAUAUCCUCCAUGAAUGGCAGCGGCAGCCCAGGGCACCGGGCCUUCCUGGCCUGGCCCUGCACCCCCCGCCCCGCCUCCUCCAGCAGGACUCUGCUCUCCAAGCCAGCGACUGCCCAAGGCACCUUGGACUCCGUGCCUGCUCACACCUUAGGGAAAAAGGUGCCUGCUCACACCGUCAGUGCUCACGCCUUGGACACCGUGCACGCGCACGCCUUCACGCCCGUGUGCGCGCUCACACCUUCACGCCUGUCCGCUCAUGUCCACCCGCAGUCUUACUACUUUGACCGCGACGAUGUGGCUUUGAAGAACUUUGCCAAAUACUUUCUUCACCAAUCGCACGAGGAGAGGGAGCACGCGGAGAAGCUGAUGAAGCUGCAGAACCAGCGGGGCGGCCGCAUCUUCCUCCAGGACAUCAAGAAACCAGACCGCGACGACUGGGAGAACGGGCUGAACGCAAUGGAGUGUGCGCUGCACUUGGAAAAAAGUGUGAAUCAGUCACUACUGGACUUGCACAAACUGGCCACUGAGAAAAAUGACCCUCAUUUGUGCGACUUCAUUGAGACGCACUGCCUGAAUGAGCAGGUGAAAUCCAUCAAAGAACUGGGCGACCACGUCACCAACCUGCGCAGGUUGGGGGCCCCUGAAGCGGGGAUGGCCGAGUACCUCUUUGACAAGCACACCCUGGGGGACAGCGACGAGAGCUAAGCCUUGGCUGCUUCCCGUGGCCUCGGGGCGACUUCCUGGUCCCCCAAGCAGUACUGCAUGUUGGAGCUACCUUUACCUUUUCUAUAACUUGUACCAAAUCAUCCACUCAUGUCUGUCAUUUGUACCGUUCCUUCCAAUAAAGUAAUUUGGUACCCA